CUGUUGCGUUGUUCGGGACGGUGAACGACGAGACCGAUCUGUCUGGAAAUUUGUCUCGUGGUAGUCUCAAACAAAUUCUUAAUUAUAGCUGUUUUAUUUACGAUUUACGAGCCAAUCCUAUCAAAUUUUGACUCACGCCACUCUUAGUUUCUCGAAAUAGGUCGUACAGGAGAAUGGCAGCAACUGAGGUGAAUGGUAGUUCUGCCCCAGCAAAAGAAGACGACGAACCUAUGGAUGUUACAGCAACGCACACAGAGCAUUAUGAGACACUCAUUAAUGCCGGACUUCCACAAAAAGUGGCUGAAAGUCUUGAUAACAUCUUCCAGACAGGUUUGGUAGCAUAUGUUGACCUGGAUGAAAGGGCCAUUGAUGCCCUGCGUGAGUUCAAUGAGGAAGCAGCACUUACUGUGCUGCAGCAAUUCAAAGAGAGUGAUCUGUCUCAUGUGCAGAAUAAAAGUGCUUUUCUCUGUGGAGUCAUGAAGACUUUCCGACAAAGAGAAAAACAAGGAAGUAAAGUACAAGAUUCCAACAAGGGCCCAGAUGAGGCAAAAAUAAAGACUCUGUUGGACCGGACAGGGUACACACUAGAUGUGACGACAGGGCAGAGAAAAUAUGGUGGCCCCCCGCCUGAGAAUAUGUUUAAAGGAGCACAGCCAGGAAUUGGAACUGAGGUGUUUGUUGGAAAAAUUCCAAGAGACUUGUACGAAGACGAGCUGGUACCACUCUUUGAAUCUGCCGGUCCCAUCUGGGACCUGAGGUUAAUGAUGGAUCCUCUUACUGGUCAGAAUCGAGGUUACGCCUUUAUUACAUUCUGCAGUAAAGAGGAUGCACAGAAGGCCGUGAAGCUUUGUGAUAACCAUGAAAUCCGCGCUGGCAAGUACUUGGGAGUUUGUAUAUCUGUUGCAAACAAUCGACUAUUUGUUGGCUCAAUUCCAAAGAAUAAGACUAGGGAAAGCAUACUGGAAGAUUUUGGCAAAGUUACGGAGGGUCUUCAAGAAGUAAUUUUGUACCAUCAGCCUGAUGAUAAGAAGAAGAACCGUGGUUUCUGUUUCCUGGAAUAUGAGGAUCACAAGUCUGCAGCACAGGCCCGGCGUCGUCUAAUGAGUGGCAAGGUGAAGGUGUGGGGGAACCCAGUCACUGUAGAGUGGGCUGACCCUGUUGCUGAACCAGACCCAGAAGUGAUGGCCAAGGUUAAAGUGCUCUUUGUAAGGAAGCUGGCCACAGCAGUCACUGAAGAGCUGCUUGAAAAGACCUUCUCUCAGUUUGGGAAGCUGGAACGAGUGAAGAAACUGAAAGAUUAUGCAUUUGUGCACUUUGAGGACAGAGAUGCUGCUGUAAAGGCAAUGGAGGAAAUGAAUGGGAAGGAGCUGGGAGGAGAGGAAAUUGAAAUAGUUCUGGCCAAGCCCCCAGACAAGAAGCGGAAAGAGCGCCAAGCAGCUCGACAGACCACUAGGGGUUCAGGGUAUGAAGACUACUACUACUACCCACCUCCUCGUAUGCCACCACCAGGCCGAGGCAGAGCUCGUGGUAGUCGAGGGGGCUAUGCCUACCCGCCAGAUUACUAUGGCUAUGACGAUUAUUAUGAGGACUACUAUGGCUAUGAUUAUCAUGACUACCGUGGUGGCUAUGAAGACCCUUACUAUGGCUAUGAAGAUGUAUACAGCAUGAGGGCCCGUGGUACUCGUCCAAGCAGGGGGGCUCCACCUCCACCUAGGGCUCGCGGAGCACCACCAGCAAGAGGCCGAGGGGGCUAUGCUCAAAGAGGGCCGCCCCUAGGUGCACCACGGGGUGCCAGAGGAGGAAGGGGCACCCCUUUCCAGCCACAGAGGGGCCGCGGUCCUCGUGGAGUCAGGGGAAAUCGUGGAGGAAACGUUGGUGGAAAGAGGAAGGCAGAUGUGUUUAACCAGCCUGACUCCAAGCGCCGCCAGACCAACAACCAACAGAACUGGGGAUCCCAGCCCAUCGCCCAGCAACCCCUGCAGCAAGGGGCCGACUAUUCCGGUAACUAUGGUUACAGUAAUGACACCAUGGAGUUUUCACAGGAUUCUUAUGGGCAACAGUGGAAGUAGAUGCACCAAAAGGUAUUUGGCAAAGUGACAACAAUAAAAGUGGAAAAGAACAUUAAAAAGAAAAUGAGAUUGGCCACAAUUUUUUGAUUAACUUUUUAUUCUUCAUCCCCCAUGAAAAGAAUCUGUAUAUAGCCCAGAAAAAAUGGACAGACCCCAGAAUUGGCUCAAGAUGGUGAUUGGCUGGAAAGCUUUUUGGCUGAAGAAGUGAGCGUAACCGUUGUGGUGAAUCAUUUGUUACUCCUACGGUUACAUUGGGACAUGUCUUAAAAUACACACACAAAACUUUUACUGUCUGUUUUUGAUUCUUUUAAAACCUACAAUGAACAUUCACCAAAAAAGUGGACAUUGAUUCUCAAAUGUCUGAGAGGACAUCAAAUCAUGACAUUGCCUUGCAGAAAGUUUUUGUCCAUGCCCUUUUCUUCCCCUUCUUGUACUCCCUUUAUUUGUCGUUUAUCAUAGUUGCUUAGGGACUUGCUGUAAAUAAAUGCCUAUGGUUAGAGCUUCAUACUUUUUUUUUUCCUUUUGCAAAUGGUGGGGGGGAAAAAAGAACAGAAAGGAUUGGGGGCGGGACGUUUUCUAAUGUUUAAAGUGUAUGCCUAGUAUUUCUAGAGGUAGACAAAUUGUGUUUUGUUUUUUAACCUGAUACCAUAACUUACUAUGUUUUCUUUGAAUUUGCCCAAUACAAUUUGGUUUGGCUUACCUUAAGAGCCAGUCUGUUCUCUGGUGUUCUUUGUAUUUAUAACUCUUACAUUUGUUCCAUUUCAAUAAACUCAGCUGAGCAUCAGUAAAUUGUCAGCUACUCAAAUUCA